AGUUUCUCCACACCAAUCAAUCAGAUAUAAAGUCUCCAUUUUAUCUUCUCUGAGUUCACACUCAAUUUCCUCUAAAUCUUGUAUAUAUAAAUAGCACACCAUUUCAUUAUUAUCUUCAUCUCCAUCUCCAUCUCACUCACAACUGCAUACACCAGCAACCAAACAGAGCCUUAUACAGAAAUGGCUAGAGCCAGUACGUUUUUCGUUGUGCUCCUCCUCCUCUUCUCUCUCUCCUCUGCUGCUCGCCGAACUCCCACCGCUAACGAGAGCGUGGAUGCCGCAGAUAAGGCUGUGACAGAGGGAACACAGGUGGAAGAUAGCUGCAAUGGAAUCACUCAAGAUGAGUGUUUGAUGAGAAGAACCCUCAACGCCCAUACCGAUUAUAUCUAUACUCAGCAACAUAAUCCCUAAUAAAAAAUAUUUAGCACUUUCAUUUAUCUUUUUCUUGUCAUUUAUUAAGUUAUAUGUAAGCUUGUGAUUAUAUGUUCAGAACAUGAUAGAAACUUCUGAGAGUGUGUUUGAUGCUUAACCGAUGAACUUAUAUUACCACUCCAUGUGUCCAUCCUAUGUAGAUCAUAACUUAGGGUUUUAUUUUUUUUAAUUUACUAUUUAUAUGAAGUAAAUCCUUAUUUA